AUGGUGGUGACCACCCGAAGUGGCAUUCAAAUGGAUGAUCCAUCUAUGCCAACACUUGAGAUCGAUAUACACGACAUAGUUGUAGGUGAGGAUGAAACAAAAAGAAAAAUUGAGGAAGAAACAUUAGGUGAAGAUCCAAGCACCAAACAACCUAAAAAGGGGAUGCAAAGCAUGAUGAGAAAGCAUUGCAAUCGCCACUCGCUCCCUUGUGCAAAAGAAAGAAGACCCAGGUGCAUUCACUAUACCAUGUACCAUUGGGUAUUCCAUUUUGCAAAAGUGUUGUGCGACUUGGGUGCUGGUAUUAGCUUGAUGCCAUUUAUGGUGUUCCAAAAAUUGGGCUUGGAAGCCCCUAAAUCGACAUCAAUGCGGCACUUGAUGGCAGAUCAUACUGUGAAGAAGCCCGUGGGCAUUAUUUAUGAUGUCCUAGUGAAGGUUGAAUCCUUCAUAUUCCCUGUUGACUUCUUCAUUCUUGACUGUGAAGUAGAUUUUGUUGUUCCUAUCAUUCUGGGUAGACCAUUCUUGGCAACUGGACGUGCUUUGGUAGACAUGGAAACUAGCAAACUAAAAUUUUGA